CCGAGACUCCCGGGUGGGGGGGCGGCCGGCCGGGGAGAGGAGGCGGUGAGAGCGCGAGCCCACUCCGGCAUCUCCGCGGCGCCGCAGAGUACUAGCAAGAGAGCCUUGACUGGGAAAUAGAAGCGCCAGUUUUUCAUUUUAGGAUUCACAGAUGGAUUCAGUAGAAAAAACAAUGAAUAGAAGUGAACAGAAGUCAAGGAAGUUUUUGAAAAGUCUGAUCAGGAAACAGCCCCAAGAGCUCCUCCUGGUCAUGGGCACAGGCGUGAGUGCAGCUGUGGCCCCGGGCAUCCCCGCCCUGCGCUCGUGGAGGAGCUGCAUUGAGGCUGUCAUCGAGGCUGCGGAGCAGCUGGAGGUGCUGCACCCUGGCGACGUUGCGGAGUUUCGGAGGAAGGUGACGAAGGACCGGGACCUGCUGGUUGUGGCCCACGAUCUGAUCCGGAAGAUGUCACCUCGCACAGGCGACACCAAGCCUAACUUCUUCCAAGAUUGCCUGAUGGAGGUUUUUGACAGCCUGGAGCAGCACAUCCAGAGCCCCAUAGUGCUGCAGUCCAUCCUCAGCCUGAUGGACAGAGGCACCAUGGUACUGACCACCAACUAUGACAAUCUGCUGGAGAUCUUCGGGCAGCAGAAGAACAAGCCCAUGGAGUCCCUGGACUUGAAGAACAAGACAAAGGUCCUUCAGUGGGCAAGAGGCCACAUCAAGUAUGGAGUGCUUCAUAUUCAUGGCUUAUACACAGACCCUUGUGGGAUGGUAUUGGAUCCAUCGGGAUAUAAAGAUGUCACUCAAGACCCAGAAGUAAUGGAAGUCUUCCAGAACCUGUACCGCACCAAGUCCUUUCUGUUUGUGGGCUGUGGAGAGACCCUUCGUGACCAGAUAUUCCAGGCUCUCUUCCUUUACUCAGUACCAGACAAAGUGGACUUAGAACACUACAUGCUGGUGCUCAAGGAGAAUGAAGACCAUUUCUUCAAGCACCAAGCAGACAUGCUUCUGCAUGGAAUUAAAGUAGUGUCCUACGGAGACUGUUUUGACCAUUUCCCAGGAUAUGUGCAAGACCUUGCUGCUCAGAUCUGCAAGCAGCGAAGUCCAGAUGCGGAGCGGGUGGACAGCACCACACCGUUAGGUAAUGCAUGCCAGGACUGUGCAAAGAGGAAGUUGGAAGACAAUGGAAUCGAAGUUUCAAAACAACUUAGACAAUCAGAUACCGAUGAUGCUGGAGGGUCUUGAAAUUUUGAAACCUUCAACUUGAAGAUGAGCUUCUGUAAGCACAGUGCCACGCCCAAGCAAUGAGGAAUGUACACAGGAUGCCAUAUGGAUCUAUCUCUAACUGUCACAUAUCUCAAGAGAGCUAUGUGGGUGUGUGACCCUCAAGGUUGGGUGACAAAGAUCCCCACUAUGUGUGUUUAGCUGCUCAGGAGGUGACAUGGACACACUUGAGGUAUACUCUGCAAGGACUGAUGGUUAGCUACCUCAGGGACAAAAUUGGAAUGAGGAGAAUAUCCUUUUUGAUGUGACAUUUUUGCCAAGCAUGGUAACGCUGAGUGGAUGGCACUGUAGUUCCCAUGGGUACCAGGUAGUUAAGAACAGGAUACAGGCAUAUAACGAAUAAGAAAAACCAGAGGCAUGCUAAAGAUCCUUUCCUCUGUGUAAGUGUGAAAACUCAAUCCUUUAUGUCACUUUGGUAUAAAUAAAAUUUUAAAAUCAA